CCGGUUGUCGUGCCAACCUCCUCCGGCUCGGGGCUCCUCCAUUCACUGGAGAUACCAGUGCUGUAAAGAAAAUUAAAAAAAAAUACUAGUGCUAGCAAACGAGUCGAGCAGUUUCUUGUUUUUUGUGUUUUUUUAAGAGGAAGCUGGUUGAAUCAGCCGUUGACUGCUGCCGGUCAUGGAGACUUAUGGCAACUCGAACAAGAAACAGAAGCUAAGCAACGCUGCCGAAAACUGGGGAAUGCAACGUGCAACGAAUGUCACCUAUCAAGCUCAUCAUGUCAGCCGAAACAAGCGUGGGCAGGUUGUGGGAACAAGAGGAGGGUUCCGAGGAUGUACUGUUUGGCUGAGUGGUUUGUCCGGUGCAGGGAAGACAACGGUAAGCAUGGCUCUGGAGGAGUACUUGGUGUGUCAUGGUAUCCCCUGCUACACACUGGACGGGGACAACAUCCGUCAAGGGCUGAACAAAAACCUCGGCUUCAGUCCAGAGGACCGUGAAGAGAACAUUAGACGCAUUGCUGAGGUGGCCCGGCUUUUUGCUGACGCUGGGCUGGUCUGCAUCGCCAGCUUCAUCUCUCCCUACAGCAGGGAUCGUCUCAAUGCCAGGAAGAUCCAUGAGGCAGCAGGGCUGCCUUUCUUUGAGGUGUUUGUGGACGCUCCACUGGAUGUCUGUGAGCAGAGGGACGUGAAGGGGCUGUACAAGAGAGCCAGAGCGGGCGAGAUAAGAGGUUUCACUGGGAUUGACUCAGAGUAUGAGAAGCCAGAGGCCCCAGAGCUGGUGCUGAAGACUGACUCUUGCAGUGUGAAUGAGUGCAUACAGCAGCUUAUUGACCUGCUUCAGGAGAGGGAUAUAGUUCCUGUUGAUGCAUCUUAUGAGGUGAAAGAGCUGUACGUUCAGGAGAAUAAACUGGACCUGGCUAAGGCUGAUGCAGAGACUCUCCCUGCUGUGCAGAUUGGGAAGGUGGACAUGCAGUGGGUGCAGGUACUGGCUGAAGGCUGGGCCACUCCUCUCAAUGGCUUUAUGAGAGAGAGAGAGUAUUUGCAGUGUCUUCAUUUUGACUGUCUGCUGGAUGGUGGUGUUAUCAACCUGUCAGUGCCUGUGGUGCUGCCAGUGUCUACUGCAGAUAAAGAUCGUUUAGAUGGAGUGACAGCUAUGGCUUUGAUCUACGAGGGCAGGCGAGUGGCCAUUCUUCGCAACCCCGAGUUUUAUGAACAUCGCAAAGAAGAGCGAUGUGCUCGCCAGUGGGGCACCACUUGUAAGGACCACCCCUACAUCAAGAUGGUGAUGGAAAGUGGGGACUGGCUGGUUGGGGGAGACCUGCAGGUUCUGGACAGGAUCUACUGGAACGACGGACUUGAUCAGUACCGGCUGACACCCACUGAGCUCAAACAGAAGUUUAAAGAAAUGAAUGCAGAUGCUGUAUUUGCCUUUCAGCUCCGCAACCCAGUCCACAACGGGCAUGCUCUUCUGAUGCAGGACACCCACAAGCGUCUCAUCGAGCGGGGCUACCGCCGGCCUGUGCUGCUGCUCCACCCACUGGGAGGCUGGACCAAGGACGACGACGUUCCACUGCCCUGGCGAAUGAAGCAGCACGCCGCCGUGCUGGAGGAGGGCGUCCUUAACCCAGAUACUACCAUCGUGGCUAUCUUUCCUUCACCCAUGAUGUAUGCUGGGCCAACUGAGGUUCAGUGGCACUGCAGAGCUCGAAUGGUGGCUGGAGCCAACUUCUACAUUGUGGGCCGUGACCCUGCAGGCAUGCCCCACCCCGACACUGGGAAGGACCUGUACGAGCCCACUCACGGCGCCAAGGUCCUCACCAUGGCUCCAGGCCUCAUCACCCUGGAGAUUGUACCCUUUAAGGUUGCAGCUUACAACAAGGUCAAAAGAGCAAUGGACUUCUAUGAACCCAAGAACCAUCAAGAUUACGAUUUCAUCUCAGGCACACGUAUGCGUAAGAUGGCUCGCGAGGGAGAGAAUCCUCCUGAUGGCUUCAUGGCGCCGAAGGCUUGGGCUGUGCUUAAGGAAUACUAUAAGUCACUGGAGAAGGCUUAAAGGUCAGGUCUCAGAUGAAACAAAAAUGGAAUCACAGUGAUGUUUAACAGGAUUAAUGUGGGGACCACUCAUCUACUGUCAAAUACCACGCUCUGGCUUCUGUCUGUGUCACUUUCACGCCCAACUGUCAGUCAUGAAACUGGUCUCAGUUGUUUUUAGUCUUAAAAUAUUUCUGUUUUAACUAAAUGUACUUUAUUUAACUGAACGCAUUCUAUGAAAUAUAGUAGAAGAGGUCAUAAACUGAUAAAAUCAAGUGAACAAACAAACAUUUCUUUAAAAUAGAUGUUUCUCACUAACUUUAUGACUGUAUAUUUUGAUCACUGAUGACAAAACGGUUGCAUAGAAAUGAAAAGAUCAAGUUCGUAAUGACCUGAUUCGAAAGUGCUGUUGACCAGUACUUUCUAGGAUGAAUGUUGAGUGUUAAUAAUGUCCAAAUUAAAUAAAGAAGUUAGUGCUCCUACUUAACUCGCUCCUGAAACCCAAACAAGUUACUUUGUUCUGUACUGUAUGUUUGCAAGUGGCAGUGGUAAUUGCUCAAAAUUUGGUGUACACAAGUAUUUGAUGUAAGUCGAGUGCCUUGGUAUUCAGAAAGUGAAUUCACAUGAUGUCUUGUUUGAAUUAGCACACGCAUACACACACACACACACACACACACACACACACACACACACACACACACACACACACACACACACACCUGCUUUUUGUCUCACUUGUCUUUAUGUUACACUGAAACGGUCCAAUAGCUGAAGGACUGUUCUGCAGAACAGAUCAGCAUUAAAUAUGUUUUUAUUAGGAUACACAACCAUAACGUUCCUAAACUUCUAGGAAACAUUUUUAACAUUUUUAAGUGUCAUGUUUAGUCUAUUUAUUGUGUGCUAACAUUACAACAUUUUCUCUUUUUUAACUGUGUUGUGCUUGUAGUUUUGGUGCUUUAGACUCAUCUUUCAACAGUCUUGAUAUUUUGUUACUUUAUCAUCAUUUGUAUUUUUUUCUCUCUCUCAUGGGUUGCUAAUAUUUUCCAUGUGGUUAUUCGUUUUCAACAGUUGGCCUGUAUAAUCAGAUGUUUGAUGGUUACCAUCAAGGGAUCAGAUUUGUAAUCUUCCUUGUCCAAUAAACCAUUUU